AUGCAGGUGAGGAACAUACCGGAAAUUCCAAUAAUGAUUCUGGGAAUAUAUUGUGGAAUGGCAAAACCUAACAACGUUGAAGGAUUCCUCCGCCCAUUGGUAACGGAAAUUAAUCAUAUACUUGUACAAGGAAUACUAAUCAACGACACAUUGUUGGACAUCCGUUUAAGAACGUUUAUAGCUGAUACACCGGCUCGUGCGUUCAUCAAAGGAGUCAAGUCUUUCAAUAGCAUUCAUGGAUGUAUAAAGUGUAAAAUUAUUGGCACUUACAUUCAUGCAAAGAAAAAAACAGUCUUUGUUGGAACUGCGGAGGAUAGGACCGACGAGGAGUUUCGUAGAGGAGAAUAUACACAACACCAGACGUGUUACACCCCUUUGUUAGAUGUAGAUGAGUUAGAUAUUAUUAAGGACAUAAUAGUAGCAGAUAGUUUACAUAUAUUAUAUUUAGGUUUAACAAAAACUUUAUUGAAGGCAUAUAUUUUUGGAACUAUGAGCCCUUUUCAAAAGUGGUUGCCCCGUGAGGAGAGAGCUAUAUCUAAACUAUUAGUUGGCGUACAAUAUCCGUCAGAAAUUCACCGUAAAGCAAGGGCAUUAUAUUACAUAAAGUUUUGGAAGGGGUCAGAACUCGCUUCAUUUCUACAUCAUUGUGCCAUUCCCUUAUUAAAAAACAGAAUUUCGGAUAGGGCCUAUAAUCAUUUAAAACUUUUUUUCUUAGCCGUCACUUUUCUUUCAUCUGCCAUUUUCGAACAAUAUUGGGAAUAUGCAGGACAAUUAUUACAUCAAUUUGUAUCGGAAUUUAGUGAAAUUUAUAGUAGCAAUUAUUUAACCAGUAAUGUCCAUAAUUUACUUCACAUACUUCCAGAUGUACAGCGGUUCGGACCUCUUACUUCAAUAUCAUCAUAUCCGUUUGAAAACAAACUCCAAUUUAUAAAAAAUUUAGUUCGGACAGGUCAUAGAUCUUUAAACCAGGUAGUAUGUAGAGUAACGGAACUAAGGGAAUUAGAAGCAGCGGAUAAGCGAAUAAAAGACACGACAAUUUAUCCGUCUAUAAAAAAUAAAAAUAACGAGGUUAUCUUCUUUGUUAAAGCCAACUUCGUUUUAAGAAAAGGAAAUAGAAAUGGUUGGUUUUUUACGCAUGAUAAUCAGAUAGUUAGAUAUAGCAAGGCAAGCGAAAUAUCCGGCAAAUUUUGUAUAGAGGGACACCCUAUGUUAACAAAACAACCUUCGUUUACGAACCCAACGAAUUCGGAAAUCAUUUAUUGUUAUAUGGCUAAUGCGGAAGAUAUUUCAGAUUCAAUAAUUAUGGUAGAUUUAGACAACAUUAAAGGUAAACUAGCAUGCAUAACUUUAGAUAUGGGAAAAACAUUGAAUUUUAGUCCUUUAUUACAUACGUUUACCGCAUAA